AUGUUCUUUAUUCCUCCUGGAGGUUCAGUGUUCAAUUUCCCCUUGGCCUCGUGCCAUCACGCUCUGCUUCCCAGCGACGGCUGUUUUCUUCGUACUGUUGGAGGACUUGUUGGCGUCGCUCCUCACGGGCAAUCUCCUCCAGGCGAGAUGCCUCGUCAUCCAAGGACAAGUUUUGAAAAUGAAGAGCAAAGAAAAGAGCAUCGAAGAGAAUAUGCUCGAAAUUAUAUGAGACAACGACGUGAACAAAUGGCUAAUGCAGAAAGAGAGGAAGUAAGAAUUCAUUCAACUGAAGAGCAACAAAGAGAAAAAAAGAGAGAAUAUGCUCGAAAUUAUAUGAGUCAACGACGUGAACAAAUGACUGAUCUACAAAGACAAGAAGAAAGGAACCAUCGAAACCAAAAUGAUAGACAAAGAAGUGCUAAAUGUAGGGCAGAAAUGACAGUGACAGAGAUUGAAGAGGAAAUGAGACAACAUGCAGAUAAAAUGAUGAAACAUCGUGCACAAACAUCUCAGGAUGAUGGAUAUAUAUUAAGAAGAAGAAUACAAAGAGCUAUGCAUUUUGAUCAAUUGAAUGAGAUGGAAAGACAACAAAUACAAGUCCGUAAUCGUGAAGCAAUUGAGGUUAGUUCUGAAGGGAUGAAUUCUUUGACAAUUGAUCGUGUGCUACAAACACCAAAUGAUAGAGUUCAAAAUGUAAUGAAUGUUGAUUUUCAAAAUCAUAUGGAAAACAAUAGUUCACAACAAGAAUUAACAACUCCUCUAAGAAGACAAAGACAAUUGCAAAGAACACAAAAUAGAAGAGAUCAAGGAGUAGUUAAUAAUGAUGGAAAUAUUGAGAUUGAUUUGAAGACUUUACAAAUGAUAUUUCGACAUGGACUCGAUCAACUUUCUUCACCAAGUAUGUGCUACAUUUGUCAAGAGAGUUAUCCUGCAAUGAAGGUUGUGUGGGUACUUGAGGGCCCUAUUUGCAAUCGAUGUCGUCAAGAGAAAAAUGAACAUCGAUUUUCAGCAUCAAACAAUAUGGAUCCUGGUCCACAACCAUUAGAACUUGCAAAUUUAACACAAAUAGAAGAAAUGUUGAUAGCACGUGUCAACCCAAUUCUUCAAAUAAAAGAUUUGCCAAUCAUCAUUGUUCGAAAAAAAGAUCAACGUGGAACAAAUUAUAAUUUUAUAGUUAAUAAAGAGAGGGUAUAUAGAGCACUUAAAUAUAAAAUAAAACAUGAUAAGUUCUAUAGAGAUGUUCAAAUUGAUGAAAAUGCACUUAAUGACCUUACAUGUAAUUCAGAUGAGAACAUUUUUGAUCAAUUGAAUUCUGUUCAUAUGGAGUUUGAUUCAGACACAAAUGAAUAUGUAUUUGCGGGUCCAAUAUUGGAGAUGGAUGAAGAAAACAUUAUUAAUCACACUACAUCAAUGGCCUCUAAACCUCCAAAUGCUCGAAGAGAAAUGGAAAUAAUUCAUGCAUGGGUAAAUAAUCCUAAUGUGGAUCCUGGAUCACUAAUUGAUUGGCCAGGAAUUGGAGCAUCUCCAAUAAAUGAGUAUGUCACUGAAAGAUUACUUGAUAUGGCUUUUCCAACACUAUUCCCAAAUGGACAGUGUGAUUGGAUAGAACCACGAAUAAGGAGAGUCCAUCUACAUGAAUUUGUUAAGCAUUUACUUCGAUAUAGAGAUCAUCGUUUUGGCCGACACCCAAGAUUUAGAUAUUAUAUGAUGAAUAUGAUUAUGCGACAUCGUGCACAAAACUCAUCUGCAGUGUUUGUCAAAAAGAGUUUGCAAGAGAUGCCAAUCACAAUCAAUGAGUUACGAGAACAUAUGGAAAAUAUACCACACUCACAUCUAGCUGAUCGUUUGAUGCGUUUUGGCACAACACUAAGGGGUACAAGGUCUUAUUGGGCAAAAUGUCGAGCUGAAUUAUUUGACCUCUUGCAUCAAAUUGGUACACCAACAAUUUUCUUUACUUUGAGUGCAGUAAAUAUGUACUGGCCAGAUUUGCAUGCAUUAAUGCCAGGGACACAACCAACUAAUCCACAAGAAGCACAAAAAUGGAGGCGUCAAAAUAUUAUUGACUACCCACAUAUUGUGGCAUAUUACAUGCACCUACGCUAUACAAUGUUUAGAAAGGAAAUACUGCAAAAGGGAAUGAAGGCAAAAGAUUAUUGGUCAAGAUAUGAAUGGCAACAUAGAGGAUCACCACAUGUGCAUGGAUUCAUAUGGUUAGAGGGAGCACCUAACAUAGACAAUCUUGAUUGGAAAAAUCAUGAUGAAGUCUUACAAAAUUUUACACAACAUCCAUGCCUUCGAAAUACACAACAACUAAACCAGAUUGACUUAGCACGUGACUAUGAAGAGUUGCUCAAUUGUGUUGAACGCCAUACAAUGUGUAAAGAGGGUGCUUGCCUUCGUAAAAAACGAGGAAGAAUGGUUUGUAGGUACAAUGCACCAUGGCCAUUACACCUAGAUGGAUCAAAAUUAUUUGAAGACCCAGCCACAGGAGAUAAAGUGUAUGAACCUGCAAGAAAUGAUGAUAGAGUAAACACGCAUAAUCGUAACAUACUUCAGUUAUGGAGAGCAAAUGUAGAUUGGCAACCAGUUCUUUCAAGACAUGCUGUAAUGAAUUAUAUUGCAAAGUAUGCGGCAAAAGCAGAAAAGAGUUCAGAAAGUUAUCAUCAAAUGUUAACGCGACUUGCAAAUAUAGAAAAUCCUGAUGAAGCAGCAUCAAGGGCAUAUAGGAGACUUCUAACAAAAACACUCAUUGAGAGGGACAUUGGAGCACAAGAAACAUGUCAUAUGUUACUAGAGUUACCAUUGGUAGAAAGUAGUAGAGUUUUUGUUACUUUAAAUGUUUCAAGAGAGGUGUUCAAGCCAGUAAUAACAAAUGAAGAAAUUGAUGAUGAACGUCACCUAAAACAUUUCAUUGAAGAAUACAUGGAUAGACCAUAUGCAAUGGAAAGUGUCACACUUAUAGAUGCAGCUAGAUCAUGGACUUAUAAUUCCAAGAGAAAAAGAGAUAACAAAUGGGAAGCAAGGACUAUAGCAGCUAUUGUGAGGGUGUUUCCAAGAUUUACCACCGUACCUACACGUCAAUCAGAAAAAUGGGUUGAUUUUUGUUGGUCAGAGUUAUUGUUGUACAAGCCAUUUCGUAAUAUCCAAAGAGAUAUUGGACUUGAUGAUAACAUAGUUAUAUCAAAUUGGGAGUCACUCAACUAUAAUCCAUGGCAUUUGGAACGAAGGAUUAUAACAAAUGAAACUGAAGAUCAUAAUGAUUCUGAAGAUGAUGAUGAUUUACCAAAUAAUCAAAAUACAAUCGAACAUGAGUGGGAGAUCAUAUCAAGACUACAUCGUGGACAAAUUAUGGAUGUAACAGAAAUAGAUAUGUUGGGAAGAAGAGAUAUUGAUAAACAAAAUCCAUGGAGUGCAGAAUAUCAAGGAGAUGAUUACACAAAUAUAGCAAUAAAUUUUAUCAACACUAUGAAAGAGAAUGGCUUAUUAAUACCUGAUGAUAUGAUGUCAAGUAUAUCAUAUGGAACUUUAGGUGCUAAGCAAAAAAAAAGCACUUGA